UGAAGAAGAGCAGGCAGUGAACUCGUUUCGGGAGGUUUUGUUUGCUAGGGACUUGCUACUAGUCAAGCAUGAUAAUUACCACACGAUGCUUAGAUUUUUAAAAGCGAGGAAGUUCGAUUUUGAAAAAGCAGCACAGAUGUGGGCGAACAUGCUGCAGUGGAGAAAGGAGUUCGGUACAGACACAAUUUUUGAAGAUUUUGAAUUUCAUGAACUAGAGGAGGUCCUGCAAUAUUAUCCUCAUGGUUACCAUGGGGUUGACAAGGAAGGAAGGCCUGUCUACAUUGAGUUGCUUGGGAAAGUUGAACCCAACAAGCUUAUACAAAUCACAACAGUUGAGCGCUAUAUUAAGUAUCAUGUACAUGAGUUUGAGAGAGCUUUCCGGGAGCAAUUCCCCGCAUGCUCAAUUUCUGCCAAAAGACAUAGAUACUACAACGACGAUAUUGGAUGUCCACGGUGUGGGCUGCAAAAACUUUAGCAAGAUUGCAAGGGAUUUGGUGCGUUGUAUGCAAAAAAAUAGAUGGUGACUAUUAUCCUGAGGUUAGCCUCAGUAUAGAGAUGAUUGAAUGUAG